AUGCCCAACAGCAGCUCCAUCAGUGAGUUCCUUCUCCUGACAUUCGCAGACACGCGGCAGCUGCAGCUCCUGCUCUUCUGCCUCUUCCUGGCCAUCUACCUGGCUGCCCUCCUGGGCAACGGCCUCAUCACCACAGCUGUAGCCUGCCACCACCGCCUGCACACCCCCAUGUUCCUCUUCCUCCUCAACCUCGCCCUCCUGGACCUGGGCUGCAUCUCCACCACUCUCCCCAAAGCCAUGGCCAAUGCCCUCUGUGACACCACCACCAUCUCCUACUCUGGAUGUGCUGCACAGGCAUUUUUCUUUCUCUUUUUCAUCUCAGCAGAGUAUUCCCAUCUCACCAUCAUGGCCUAUGACCGCUACGUUGCCAUCUGCAAGCCCCUGCACUACGGGACCCUGGUGGGCAGCAGAGCUUGUGCCACCAUGGCAGCAGCUGCCUGGGGCACUGGGGUUCUCUAUUCCCUGCUGCACACUGCCAGUACAUUUUCACAGCCACUGUGCCACGGCAAUGCUGUGGAUCAGUUCUUCUGUGAAAUCCCCCAGAUCCUCAAGCUCUCCUGCUCUCAACCAGACUACCUCAGGGAAACUGGAUUUAUCGUGGUUAGUGUUCUUGCCGUAUUUGGAUGUUUUGUUUUCAUGGUGCUGUCCUAUGUGCAGAUCUUCAGGGCCGUGCUGAGGAUGUCCUCUGAGCAGGGACGGCACAAAGCCUUUUCCACGUGCCUCCCUCACCUGGCCGUGGUCUCCCUCUUUGUCAGCACUGCCAU